UUGCGGGGGGGAGGCAAGAAAAGAAAGAAGAAGGUGUAUACUACGCCGAAGAAAAAUAAGCAUAAGAAGAAGAAGGUCAAACUUGCUGUACUCAGGUUUUAUAAGGUUGAUGAAAAUGGUAAGAUCACUCGCUUACGCAAAGAAUGUGCAUCAUCGUCAUGUGGUGGAGGUGUCUUUAUGGCUAGUCACCAGGAUCGUUAUUAUUGUGGCAAAUGCCAUCAGACUUUAGUGAUGCAAGACCCGAAAGAAAAAUCUAUCCGGGGCAAAUAA